AUGUCCCCGUCUCAGUUGCAGUUGCAGUUGCAUUGCAACUUAAGCGCUGAAAAAAAUAUUCAUCUGAUACAAAUAGGGUCCUCAUCUAAGAGAAGUGUUGAUGAUGCUGAGGAGUCAAAUGCCGCAGUCAAACGAUUCUGCAAGAAGAAGUGUAUCAUUCACUGCACCGACGAUAGCAGUGAUUUAGUUAAUCCUAAAGACGAGGAGUCGUGGAAAACCUUGCUACGAGCAGCAGAGAUUCGAAAUCAUCAAGAAAUCCUAGAACUUUCGAAGUCUUUAAGCGAAGGAGAAGUCCCGUUCAUUUACUACCAUCGAAAGUGUCGAAGCAUUUUUACAAUGAAAAAGUUAUUAGAUAAAUUAUCCCAGCAAUCAUCCAAUAGCCAGACUCAACCGGAAAAAGUGGCUAGGAGAGUCUCUAUUCGAGGAUCUUCCAAUAUUUCCACAACAUACGAGCGCAUUUGUAUUUUUUGUGAAAAGCCAAAAUAUUUCAAGGGUACAAGGAAUCGUGAGCCUUUAGUACAAUGCCGAGAUAUGCGUGCAGAUAGCUCUAUCAGAAAGAUAGCUACAGAAAAGAAUGACAGCAAGAUUCUUGCCCUUGUGUCGCGCGAAUUAGUUGCAGCAGAGGCUUGUUAUCACAGGACAUGCUACAGGAGUUACACUAGACCAGAAGCAAGCAGCAUUGUGAACCCUGAUAUGAGCAGUGAAUCUCCGGAUGAUGAAUAUGCCCGUCUAGAGUCUGAUGCUUACCAGAUGCUUUUUGACUUCAUCAGGUCAGAUGUAAUAGAAAAGGAGAAAGUCGUAAGGCUGUCUGAGAUGACGCAGUUACUUGUACAGUAUCUAAUGUCAUUAGAAGCUAAGGAAUGUAAGCCAUCAACAAAGAAGCAUAUCAAAAGGAACAUAGAAGCAGAAUUCAAUGAGUUGAUCAAGUUUGAAAACUUGCUAGACAACAACCGUGUAUUCCUAAUCCCUGCUAGCCUAACACCAGUGCAAAUCGCCAGAAAUGUACUAAAUAUCCUUAUGGCAGAAAAAGAAGACAAAGGCUCAACAACAAAGAUCUCAAAUAUUCAGAAAGCUGCAGCUGACAUCCGCGAUGCCAUUCGAAACGAAGAAAGCAAAAUGUCAUGGCCACCGCGCCCCUCAGAGCUCAAUGACAGCGCCAUAGAGGUCCCUGAAGAGCUAAGUGCGUUUUUGUAUACCUUGCUAACUGGCAACAAAGAUUCGUCAGAGGGAGAAUGUUGUCAAAGAGUCCAGCGGUUGAUGAAGUCGUUCGCGCAAGACCUAGUAUUCGGAGUAACCAGAGGGAGGAUUAAGCCGCCUAAACAAAUUCUUCUCUCGUAUGCUGUAAAAACUCUCACAAACAAUGUUGAGCUAGUGUCUAUACUAAACCGUUAUGGUCAUGGUAUUUCUUAUUCCCAGCUUGAGGAAAUUAACACUGCUCUUUGUAUGCAGAAAAUGGCAACAACAACAAGUGAAAUUCCUCUACCUGCCAAUAUACAACCUCAUGUUAGUACCACAUUAGCAUGGGAUAAUAUUGACCGACUAGAAGAGACUCUUUCAGGUGAAGGCACUUCACACCGUGUAAACGGCAUAGCAGUACAGGCGAGACAUUUUGGCCCCCAUCCCCUCACUGAGCAGCCACCUGGGAUCACUAAAAGUAAGCAAAGGAGUGUUGAACCACUUGAUGUUGUUGCUCUACCCAUUUACAAUGCAGGUGAACGUCAAGGCCCUAAGCCAAGGGCAUAUGUUGAAGUAAACGACCAGGAAGCGUUAGAAAAUGCCCGAAGAAAAACCCUUUUGUGGGUUUUAGUGCGCCUACAUGCACAGAUGAACCAGAAAGUUAGUGGAUGGACUGGCUAUAACAUUUUGGUGCGCAACGAAAUUGAGGCUCGUCAAGACAAUAUCGGAUACCUCCCCACCAUUGAUGCACCUGCCACUAGCAUGUCAACUGUUCAUGAGAUUUUGGUCCGCUCCCAGAAGAUCAGAGAAGCUCUUGAACUGAAGAGCAUAGUACUCGUAUUUGAUCAAGCUCUGUAUGCCAAGGCAACAGAGAUAGCUUGGAAACAUCCAGACAAGUUUUCAGAUAUUGUUAUUCGGAUGGGUGUCUUCCAUACAGUGUGCACACUUCUUUCCAUAAUCGGAAAGAGAUUCCAAGACGCUGGUUUAAGGGACGUUUGCAUUGAAUCAGGGGUAAUUGCUGAAGGUUCUGUGACAGGAGUUCUUGAAGGACGUAGAUACAACCGUGCUGUCAGGUUUCAUAAACUGAUGUAUGAAGCACUCCAAAGACUUAUCUGGAAAGGAUUUCAGACGUGGGUAGAAGUAAAGUUCCCCGAGAAGAAACAGUUUAUCCAAGAUUUCUUUGCCGGAUUGAAACCUUUAUACGACAACCUGUGCCAAAAGGAACAACAGAGGGUCUUGGAUAGUCAAAGUUUCCCAGAGUUUAUCACACUGUACGAUAUGUACCUUGACUAUCUACGCAAUAACAACGGGAAACUAUCUAGUUUCUGGAUGUCAUACAUUGAUCUCGUUGACAUUCUGCUGAAUAUGGUGAGAGCAUCAAGAGAAGGACAUUGGGAGCUACAUUUAUCAGCCAUUGAACAAAUGAUACCAUGGUGCUUUGCCUAUGAUAACGUAAAUUAUGCCCGCUAUUUACCUGCAUACCUGUCUGAGAUGACCCACCUCGAAGAGACCCAUCCUGAGGCUCAUGAAUUUCUUAAGUCUGGUGGAUUCUCGGUCCAGAUCGGCGACCAAAACCCCUUUGGUAGGGUUCCAGUUGAUCAAACAUGCGAGGAGACGGUCAAUAAGGACACCCAGACAGCCGGGGGCACCAAAGGCUUCAGUCUUAAAGCAGGAGCAGUUAGCAAGUAUUAUAUAGUGUCUGAAUUUCGCAGUAUUUUUUUGAAGCAGCUGAGGGACAUGCUAAAUCUAAGCAAAUCCAAUUCUGGGCAUACUGAUCUUCAAAAAACAAGAAUUGUAAGAGACGAGGCUGACGUGAAGUCGCUGAUUGCUAUGCUAGAAAGCAACUGGAUAAACCCAUUCAGUGCUGAACAGCAGGAUCUGGUAUGCUUGUCAACCGGAAAGGUUGCCACCCAAAAGAUAGAGGAAGACUUGUUGGGCGCAAAAUCUGUUGGGGAAAAGGCAUACAAAGAAUUUCGUGCACAGCGCUUGGAGGCAAAUCCACCAGUCAAAUUUCACGAGACCCUGAAGAAAUCAAAGCUGAAGACAUUCUCUGAUCUUAACAAGAAGGUGAAAUUCAAGAGCAAAACAGCAAAUGAGAUCAUCCUAAAAGCUGAUAGAGCUCUUUUUGGUCAAAUGGUUAUAAUUGCAGAAAACAGACAACUUCACAUGAGAGAUGUCCUCUGUCAUCCGUUGGGACCUCUUCCUUGGGCACUAUCCACAGUAGAUGGGUCACUACGGAAAACCAGCAAAGCAGCACUAGCAAAGGAGCUGCAAAAGAAUGUACCUGCUGCGGAGGAAAUUCCUCAGCCAUCUGCAUGCAUCAUAGAUGGCAUGGUACUAGUGCAAAGGUUGAAAGGUGACCAUAAGAAGUUUUCAGAUGUUGCUGACUCCUUGUUUGGAAUGGUUCUACAUGAGGGUGCGUCCUCGAAGAGAAUUGACGUUAUCUUCGAUGUGUAUAGAGAGAAUUCAAUUAAGAAUACGGAAAGAGAGCAUCGAGGAGCUGAGUAUGGAAAUGAAUUUAGAAAUCUCCAACCCGACCAUAAGGUGCAGCAGUGGAGAAAGUUCCUUCUGAAUCCGCAGAAUAAGAAAGCCUUAACAAUAUUUGUGACCAAAGAAUGGCAACAAGACAAGUAUAGAAGAAAGCUCACAGACAAGGUCCUAUUUGUAGCCUGUGAAGAAGAGUGUCACCAAAUCUCACCAGAGGCUGCCUUUACCGUUGAAGAACUUAGCUCAACACAAGAAGAAGCUGAUACAAGGAUUCUUCUUCAUCUCUCUCAUGCAGCCAGAUCAGAUUACAACACAUUGAUUGUGGCAUCAGAAGAUACAGAUGUCUUCAUUCUUUGUGUGUCAUUCAAGCACUUAAUUCCGUCGUCAAUAUUUUUUAAGUGUGGAACACAAACAAGAGUUAGAUACAUCAGCAUUACGAGUAUAGUGCAAGCCCUUGGUCAAAAUUUGUGCAGCAGUCUCCUUGGCAUGCACGCUUAUACUGGUUGCGACACCGUGAGUGCUUUUGCUGGGCGGGGUAAGAUUGGUGCACUUCGAAUCGUUAAAGAACAGAGAUCCUUUCAGGAAAUGUUUGACCUCUUAGGAGUGGAAUGGGAACUCUCAGAUGAUCUAUUUCAGAUGCUUCAGAAUUUCACCUGUCGUAUGUACAGUUCCCGCCCAGGAACAAACAGCAUCAAUGAGCUAAGAUAUAGAUUGUUCUGUUCAAAGAGAGGUAACAUCGAGUCCGACCAACUACCACCUUGUGCUGAUUGCCUGUAUAAACAUGCGUGUCGAGCAAACUAUCAAACAGGGAUCUGGAGGCGAAGUCUUGAGAACUGCCCUGAAAUUCCAAGUCCCUUAAGACAUGGCUGGAUUCAGGAUGAGAACAAGUUAGGGAUUGAUUGGAUGAGUGGUCAGCCAGCUCCUGCAACAGUUUUAGAGCUACUCUCUUGUUCUUGCACAAGAUCUUGUAGGCUCCCGAACUGCAGCUGCCUCGCAAAUGGUCUUAAGUGCACAGACAUGUGCCGGCUAUCCGAGUGUGAUAACAGGCGAGAAGAACAAGCUGUCACAGUAGACGUCGAUGCCGAUGAUGACGAGAGUGACGAGGACUAG